AUCAAAUGAUCUUGAAAUUUUUUUAACAGAAUAUCAAUCAUCUCACGAAUAAUCAUGUAAAUAAAUAUCUGGAUAAUUUCCAAAACUGCUAUCUGUACAAUACAAAAAACAACAUGUCGAAUGAAUCCGUGCAACAGCUUUUUUCUAAAUUUCCUGUAACUGAAUUACGGGCCCUCGCAAAGAAAACACGCCAUGAAAUUGAAACGAAAAAGGAAGAUUUGAGACAAAUGGUUGGCGAAAGAUAUCGAGAUCUUAUAGAAGCUGCAGAUACAAUUGCAGAAAUGAAAAAAUGUGCUGUGAAUGUGAAGGAAUCGGUCUGUAGCGUACAGAAAUAUAACGCGACGGAACUUAAAGUGGAUAAAUUAGCAUAUUCAAAGCCGAAGGAAAGUGCUUUCUCGGUGGGCAGUUAUCUGGAGCUAUCUGCUCAAGUCAAGUUAUUGAUGGAAGUGUCAGAAACAAUAUGGUCUCGAAUUGAAGGUGGAAAUAUGAUUGAAGCAACCCAUCUUUAUAUGCAGAGUCGACAAGUGUUAAACAACCUUAGUCUUGAUGGUUCAACGACAUACUGCCCUAUAUUACAAUGGUUUCCUGUGUUGGGACAACAAGCACAAGCUCUCGAUAACUUGCGAUCUACGAUUCUUACAGAGUGUAGAAGACUUUUAAAAGACAAUGCCCUUCACUCUAAGUCUAUAUCAGAAGCUUUAUGUUCUAUUAUAUUGUUAGAAGAAUCGGACAUUACAAAAGCUUUCAAUGAGUUUAUGGAUGCCAGGUUUUGUGCAAUAAAUGAAAAAUUUAUCUUGAGUGAAGAAGUUGGAACAGCAAAAUUAUGUAAAGUAGUUACUCUGCUUGCUGCAACAUUAAAGCAAGCACAUGUUCUUUUCGUGGCACAGGUACAAAAUUCACAAUCCGCUGAAGAAGGUAUUAUCAAAAGGAAAUCAAAAAUAUCUAUUUCCACUGAUUAUGAUAUCGGUUUAGUUCAACAUGCCCUCAAAGAAUCAUAUAAAUCGUUCUCUGAAAAAUGUACAGACUAUGAAAAAUCUGGGUCCACAUGUGAAGAGAAGUACUGGAGCAAACAUCUCCCUGAUUCAGUGGCAAGAUUGAAAUCAUUACACAUUAGUGAAACAAACUCUGCACUCACACCAGACUUUGUUCAAUCAACUUGUUCUCAAUGGCUUGAAAAAUGUGAGAAUUCAAUCAAAAAUGGAAUUCUUGAACUUCUUUCCUAUGUCAAUACUUUUAAAGCGCUUGCUGUGAUGAGACAAUCAAUUUGGAAUACUAUCAUUGAAAUAAGCGAUGUGAAACCAAAAAUCUCAAAUGAAACUGAUGCCUGGAAAGUAGGAAUUCUUGAUUCUGGGGAUUCGAAGCCUACAGAAUGGGAAGCUUCGUGUAUUUCCACGUUAGGUCGACGCCUUUCAUUAUGGGAUGAAAUAUUAAAAAGUCUUUUCUUGGAUAAAGUCAAAUCUUUGUCGCAAAAUUCAUUCUUUAAUUUACUCGAAACCGGUAAACAAAAACUUAAUGAAGCACUAGAAAAUUUAAAAACAAUAUCACUAAACUCAGAAACAACAAACGAAUUUAUAUGGCACGAAUUGUCCAGCGAUAUUCUUCCUGACACUGCCUGGAAACAAGUUUCAUUACGAAGAGGCAAAGAAGUCAAAGGGAGACUUGCAUUGAAAGCCCUAACUGUCACUCCACCUUUACAUAAUUUAUGCCAACAACUUGACUCCAGUAUGAGGCAGGUUAUAGGUGACCUUAGUUCCUACAUACCCAACGUUAAUAUGGAAAAUCAACCUGACAGAAAUCUAGCAUCUGAGAAAAAAUCUUCACCACUUGUCAGCAAGGAGGAAAAAGAAAAAAUAUGUUCAGAUUUUCAACAAGCUUGUGUGGGUUGUCUACGCGGUAUGCUAACAGCUUUACAUGAACGAAAAUCAUCUCUUACAGAAAGGUUGUCAUCAGAAAUUAGUUCUGUAGAUGAAAUUUUAUUCCUUGCUAUGUUUUGUCGAAACUUUUGUGUUUUAUGUGAUGAAUUCCAGACCGGUUGUUCUCUCGGAUUAGAACUGAGGGAAGAGAGUACAUUGAAACGACAAUUGAGCUCUAGCAUGAAUCAAAGCACUCUUGCACAAUCUGUUCAACCAACAAUUUCUCCUGCAUGGGAAGAAAUAUGCAGCAAUAUGUCUAAAGAAAGUGACACAUUUUUGCAAUUAUGGUCAGAUGCCACAGUAUCCAAAGCAAUCACAAAUUUCAAGUCUUCUGUAUUAAAUCUAAAACUAGGAAUAAAUUUUUUCGACACAAUGCCUACAUGGGACAAUGUCACAAUUGAAGAGGAAAGUGAAACUGGUUCUAAAGUGAAGUCUGAGAUCAAAUUGCCUAUGGCUGUUUCUUGGCCUGUUCAAGAAUUAUUAUAUGAUGUUUGUGAAAAUAUAAGCAGAGUCGGAGGACACUCAAUGAGUAGAACAACUUUGCAAAACGUUGCACAGUCUCUGUUAUUCGGUGUUUUACAUUCUUAUGUGGAAUUGAAAAAAGUAGUCUUGGAAUCUGUUAAAAUAGCUGCCAGCAACAGUACAAGUCUAUCAGGAAGUCUCCCUUUUACAGUAACGCAAUCAUGGGCUUUGCAAAGGCUGUAUGAUCUUCGUACACUCCAUGGUUUAUUACACACAUCGCAGGUUCGAAAAACAACGAAAGAUGAUUCGAAAAAACAUCUUUAUGAUGUUCCUAAGGAUUCUUAUCAUGAUCUUGUAGACUGGUUGGAAAGUUAUAUUGAUCCCUUUGAUCUUGAUGUGUUUUCACCGCAUUUGAUAAAAAAUAUCCAAAGGAGUAUUCAAUGUUCUUCUGUUAUGCUUGGUUUUAUCUCAGCUUCGGAUAAAUCUGACACCGUUCAAUCAUCUCAUUCGGCAACAAAAUCUGGAGGAAAUUCACACAAUAUAUUACCACUUACUCCUGACUGUGGAAGGUUCUCUUAUUUGCCAAUCAGCAAUAGAAUGAGCAAGUCUGACACCGUAGCAUUGCCGGCAUCAAUAAAGAAUCAUCUUCCAUUGUCAACAGCUUUGAAGCAAUUAACUGAGGUUGAUAAAAAGAUGGAAGGAGGUCGAAAACAAUCACUGUAUUCAAAAUUGGGGGCACUUAGUUCAUCUUGGCUUUCAAUGGCAACUGCAGACAACUGAGUAAUAUUUUUGGAUCCCAUCUUUUUUUCAGUCUACAGAAUGCUUGCAUGAUUUGUUUCUUUUUGCUAAAGUUGACUUUUUCAUGUGGCAUGAUCAUCUCAUUUAAUUUCAGAUUUUAUUGAAAAUCAAAGAUAAUUAUAUUUUAGCACAAAAUAUGUCGCAUUUUCUAUUGUAAAAUACUAAAAAAACGACAUUAUGAAAACAAAAGUGGUGAAAAUAUACAGUAUAGUUUCGAAUUGCAACGCCUACUUUCAUGUAUGUGCUGAAACUACCCAGCCAAAAUAUCCAUCAUACC